CCGUUAUUCCAAAAUGGCCGCGCCCCGUCGUGUGUUGUGGUUUGUAAAAUAGAGCCUUUGGUGUAACCGAAAUCUCUACAUUUUGGUGCACACCGGAAAAAUUCAACAUCUUCUAUUCUUCGUUGAAUCGAGUUCAUUGUGAAAUACAACUACAAGAGAGGGAGCCAAUAAGAUACAAGAUACAAGAUAGGCCUACAACAUGGAUGAGUCCGUGGAAGAGAAAUCCUUUGAACCUGGAUCGGCUAGAUUCGGCAAUUUUAUAAACUAUUAUAGCUUCAAUCCGCCUAAUUGUAGGCUGGAUCAAAUACCACCAACGCUUCUUCACGACUGUUUCCCGGAUAUAUCAAAGGAUACUGGUCUGGUCGCAUUAGACAUCGGAUGUAAUUCUGGGAGUCUCACAGUAGCCAUGUAUGAACAUCUGACAGCCAAUCAUCAAGUCCCACUGGAUCAAUUUCAUAUAUUAGCCUGCGAUUUAGAUCCUGUUCUUAUAGAGAGAGCUCAAGAAACUACAAAAUAUCCUCAUAACAUACAGUAUGUUACAUUAGACAUUAUGAAACAUGCCUUGGCAGAAGAGGUUAUGGAAUCAUUCAUCAAGAAGUACAGCAAGUCAAAACUUGACAUCACAUUUUGCUUUUCAAUAACAAUGUGGAUACAUUUACAGAAUGGUGAUGAUGGCUUGAAGCGGUUUUUAAAAGAGGUGGCAUUAAGAACACAAUACUUGUUGAUAGAACCACAGCCAUGGAAGUGCUACAAAUCAGCUAUGAGACGUGUUAGAAAACUUGACUGUGAUGAUUUUGUUCAUUUCAAGAACUUGAAAUUAAGGAAUCAAGUUGAAGAAGAGAUAAAUAAUUUCUUGAAGUAUCAAUGUUCAAUGGAAGUUAUGGCACAGUUUGGAUCAACACGUUGGAAAAGAAAGUUAACUCUCUACAGAAAUAAAAGGUGAAGGUUAUUGAAAUGAAA